GGAAGGUUAGAGAAGUUUCUCGGCUCCGAGCUCAGACAUUUAUUAAUGCAGCUCCCGCCCGGGAGCGGCAGGGAAAGUCGCACAUAAAGUGCUGGGGAGCGAGAGGGGAGAGAUAAUCUUUUUAAUCUCAGGAUAUUUGGUUUUAUAAAUUAUUUUUUUUUCCCCCUCUCCAGCUGAGUUUUAUUUUCCGGUCCCUGGGAUCACAGCCAGACAGGAAGCGUUUUCUCGUGGCCAGAGAGCUCCCUCCGUCCUUCCUGCGCUCCUCGUGAUUCAGCUCCAAAUUGAUUUUCUCUGUCGUCCUUCACAAGGUGCCGGGGAAGGAGGGGACUGUCCCCUGCGGCACCCACCCCCAGCCCCGCGCCCGCAUCCCGCCCGGGGUGGAUGCUUCUCCUCCGGGACGGGCUCUCCGGGGAAGUUUGCAGCCAGGAACGGCCACGCAGAGGCUGAGGCUCCGUGGGAGAGCCCCAGGGAGACGCUCGGACCCCUCCGAAGGAAGCCAUGGCCGACAGCCAGAUGCCCUUCUCCUGCCAUUACCCCGGCAGGCGCAGCGUCCGCGACCCUUUCCGGGAGCCCGGCUUGACCUCGCGCCUGCUGGACGAUGACUUCGGCAUGUCACCCUUCCCCGGGGACCUGACGGCGGACUGGCCCGACUGGGCUCGGCCCCGGCUCACCACCACCUGGCCGGGCCCUCUGCGUGCCGGCAUGGCCCGCGCCUCCACCAUGGCCCCCAGCUACGGCGCCCGUUUCGGGGGGUACCCCGAGAGCCGCAGCCCCGCUCCCUUUCCCCGCGAGCCCUGGAAGGUGUGUGUCAACGUGCACAGCUUCAAACCCGAGGAGCUGACCGUCAAAACCAAGGAUGGCUACGUCGAGGUGUCAGGCAAACACGAGGAGCAGCAGGUGGAAGGAGGGAUCGUCUCCAAGAACUUCACCAAGAAAAUCCAGCUGCCCUACGAGGUGGACCCCAUCACGGUCUUCGCCUCCUUGUCGCCGGAGGGGCUGCUGAUCAUCGAGGCCCCCCAGAUCCCCCCCUACCAGCAGUACGGCGAGGGCGGCUGCGGCAGCGAGAUCCCCGUGGAGAGCCAGGAGGCCACCUGCACCUGACGGGCCACCC